UCCCAGGGCAGAGCGAUGCUUCCGCAGGAUGUGGGGAAGCAGAAGAACCAUCGUGUGUCGGACCCGGUGUGCGGGACCGACUGCCCCCCUGUCCCGCCCCGGCGUUUGAAGAACCGGGACUUUCCUCUGAGCUCCAAGAGGAGGCGGUCCGGCUCCGUACCUGAGCGCAAGGUGAACUGCGUCCUGGUUGGAGACGGAGCGGUGGGCAAGACCAGCCUGAUCGUCAGCUACACCACCAACGGGUACCCGGCAGAAUAUGUCCCGACAGCCUUUGACAACUUCGCAGCGAUGGUUGUGGUUGAUGGAAAGCCGGUGAGACUGCAGCUCUGUGACACGGCUGGCCAGAGAUGGGGGCCGGUGGGUGGAUCAGUAAAUGAUGACUUGGACCGCCUCCGGCCGCUGUGCUACAGGAACGCUGACGUCUUCCUCCUCUGCUACAGCGUGGUGCGGCCCUCCUCUUUCCGCAGCCUGACCACCAGGUGGGUGCCUGAGAUCCAGCAGCACUGUCCCGGCACUCCUCUGGUCCUGGUCGGCACUCAGCUGGACCUGCGGGAGGACGUCCAGGUGCUGAUCCACCUGGCGCAGAACCAGGAGCGGCCGGUGGGCACCGAGGAGGGCCGGCGGCUGGCCCAGGAGAUCGGGGCCGUGAGCUUUGCCGAGUGCUCGGCUCUGACCCAGAAGAACCUGAAGGACGCUUUCGACUCGGCCAUCCUGGCCAGCGUCCAGCAGACAGACAGCAGCGCCCAGCAGCGGACGCUGACUCUGAGGAAGAAGACGCCCGACAAGAUCAAGAGCCUGUCGGAGGCCUGGUGGGGGAAGAUCACCUGCCUGAUGGGGGAGCAGAGCUGUGAGCUGAAGUGAGCAGAGCUGUGGUGCAGACCUGGACCAGGGGAGGCACGUACACACUCAAAACUUUUGCUUGAUUCUGCCCACAGGAGGUCCCAGAUGGGUGGGGUUUGUCACAGGGACGAUAUAGAAAAGUAGAAGCUUGGAAGUUACAGAAUCAGAUUUGUGAGCUAAAGGUUACCAGUUCAAGUUGUAUUGGAAAGUGAAUAAAUAACACUCUUCUCUCCCUAAAAAAAUAAAUAAAUAAAUAAAACUGUCAAGGGGAAAGCACUUUAACCAUCAUUUUAAUGAGACUGAUGGUGUCUGCUUUCCAACACAGCUGCUGGUUUCUUCAGGUAAAUCCUGCAACAGUAGAACAGCAGUGGAACCUGCACACUGACUUUCUGUGGCCACGAAAAAUCUGGGGAAAAAAAUUAUAAUAAAAUAGUGCAAAACCUGCAAAAAUGACUUCUUUGCUUGACACCGUCUGAAGUGACGAGGUAAAGCCCAACCCGGUGGAAAUCAACCUUUAUUGUCAUUAUUUGGGAUAUUAAUCAGCUGUUGGCCCAGUCAUGUGAGAGCGGCUGAGUUUCUGUGUCACUUUUUCACCGCAAAACUGGUAGGACUUUGUAUUGAACUUUAUAGUGUAUUAUUUAUUUAUUCAUUAUUAAAUUUAGCCUAUUUAUUGUGACCCUUAUUGCCAUCACUGACCAUGUUCAGAAGCCUUGAUUAAAGUUUUUAUACCAAUUAGGCUGCAGGAUUUUGCACUCCUGAAUGAGGCGAAGAGCCGACAAAUGUGGCAUGAAGACGAAUCCCAAAUGAAACUUUUGGUCACAAAACGAUAACACUGUACUGUAACUGUCUUUGUUUUUUGUGUUUGUUUUCUUUGUUUUCUUUUUCUUAUUAUUUUUUUAGCAGUAAAACAUCAAGUAGCCGAGCAGUUUUUCAAAAUGAAAUGUUUGGUCACCACAGUACUGUACGUAACUACUGUCUUUGUUUGUUUGUUUGUUUGUUUGUUUGUUUUGGGGUUUUUUUAGUGCUAGUAGCAUCAGUAGGUUCAGUUUUUCAAAACGCGGUAGCCUGCAUGUCAGCCUUUUUUAACAGAAAGUCUUCACAUCUACAAUGAAUGGAUUUGGUUUGGGUGUGUCCUCUGGUGGGCUUUGAUUUAACUUUACUAACACUGUGUGUGUGUGUGUGUGUGUGUGUGUGUGUGUGUGACCUCCAUAGAGGGUCAUAGGUCAUUAGUGAAGUGGGUCAUCUGGGAUCAUUUCACCACCA